CUUCCGGUUGUCAGUUUCUCCGGGCCCGGUGGCGGCGGCCGCGGUGGAGGAAGAGCAAGAGGAGGAGGAGGAGGAGGGAAAACCGCACGGCCCCAGUGGUGGUGGGCUCCAGAGGGCUCGCCUCGCCCUGCCCGGUCUGCGAUGCAUCCGCGGCGCCCGGACGGGUUCGAUGGCUUGGGCUACCGCGGGAGUGCACGGGACGAGCGCGGCUUUGGCGUGGCCUUCCCUGCAAGGUCUUUCAGCUCCGGGCCGGAGCUGGGCCACUGGGUGACCACUCCCCCGGACAUCCCCGGGAGCCGCAACCUGCACUGGGGCGAGAAGAGCCCGCCCUACGGCGUGCCCGCCCCCGCCACCCCCGAGGGCCCCGCGGAGGAGCCCUUGCCCGGCGGCGGCGGCGGCGGCGGCAGCAGCGGCGGCAGCGGCGUGCCGGGGCCGAGCACGGAACAGUUGAGUAGAUUUGCUGGAUUUGGUAUUGGACUUGCAAGUCUCUUUACAGAAAAUGUACUGGCUCAUCCUUGCAUUGUUCUACGCCGCCAAUGUCAGGUUAAUUACCAUGCUCGGCAGUAUCAUCUCACUCCAUUUACAGUCAUCAAUAUUAUGUACAGCUUCAAUAAAACUCAGGGACCAAGGGCCCUUUGGAAAGGAAUGGGAAGUACAUUUAUUGUCCAGGGAGUCACACUUGGAGCAGAAGGAAUAAUUAGUGAAUUCACACCUUUACCAAGGGAGGUUUCACAUAAAUGGAAUCCUAAACAAAUAGGAGAACAUCUUCUGCUGAAAUCCCUAACUUAUAUAGUGGCAAUGCCUUUUUAUUCAGCAAGUCUGAUUGAAACAGUACAGAGUGAGAUAAUUCGAGAUAAUACUGGGAUUUUGGAAUGUGUUAAAGAAGGCAUUGGAAGAGUGAUAGGCCUGGGAGUGCCUCAUAGCAAAAGACUGCUUCCUCUUCUCUCCUUGAUCUUCCCCACGGUGCUGCAUGGGGUUCUUCAUUACAUCAUCAGCUCCAUCAUUCAGAAGAUCGUCCUACUAAUUAUAAAGAGAAAGACUUAUGGCCACCCAGCUGACAGCACUAGCCCGGUGCAGAGUAUGCUGGAUGCUUAUUUUCCAGAACUAAUUGCUAACUUUGCUGCCAGUCUUUGCUCUGAUGUUAUACUUUAUCCUUUGGAAACAGUUUUGCACCGCCUUCACAUUCAAGGAACACGCACAAUAAUUGACAAUACAGACCUUGGCUAUGAAGUGCUUCCAAUUAAUACACAGUAUGAGGGAAUGAGAGACUGUAUCAAUACCAUAAAGCAGGAGGAAGGAAUGCUUGGUUUUUAUAAGGGGUUUGGUGCUGUUAUAAUACAGUACACAUUGCAUGCAGCUGUCUUACAGAUAACUAAAAUCAUUUACUCUACGCUUCUUCAAAAUAGCGUUUGAGAUGUAAGUUCCUGAUUAGUCUAAAAGGCACAAUCUGGACACUUUGCUAUGAAAUUGUGAGGGAUAAAAGUGAAUACUGGGGGGGGAAAUGGAUUAGAAGUGAAACUGGUAGAGAAAGCCCAUGUUCAUUAUAUUGACUUUUUUUUUUUUUUCCUUAAGGCAUAGGUCUCUUUGGAAUCAAAAGUAUUCCAAAUUUGAAAACUCAAUAAAAAUAAUAUUCAUCAAUUAAAUUCUAGCUAGUGUAGCACGCAUACAGAACUAAAAAUGAUGUUGGGCAGAAGCAAAAAUUUAUCAAAUACAAAGCAAAACUUUACAGAGCUGAAUUUAUUCUAUCUAACUUUAAUAUUUAUUACAUGUUUAUUUUACCUUCUUGGUUGAUAUUUGUAUGUCAUCCUUAAUGUGUGGUAUCAAGAGGUCAUAGCUUACCUUCAAGCAAUAAAUGUGUAACAGUGAUAAUGAUGAGAAGGAUUAGAUUUGGCAAUCUGUAAUCAGGAGUUGAAGUUUUAAAUUGUAUUAUCCCUAUAUAACGUUUUAAUGGCUGCAUAUUAUAUAAAGCCAUUUUUGUUCACAUACAAAACUUGGAAUUUCCUUCCUUUCAACAAAUUUUCCACCCUUAGAUCAGCUUAUUACAUAAGAUGAAGUCACACACGUUCUGUUUAAAUAUCAAAAUAGAAUAUUAAAAGCCAAGGUAUCCAAAGAUUUAAGGCAAACAGCAUACUUGUCUAUAUCCAAAUGCAGCAUUUUGGUACCAGCAAUUUGAUGUUCGUCAUAUGUUUAUAAAGCUUGAUUUGCUUACCUAGUUAUGUGAAUCAUCAGGCUGUUUUUAGAGCCACUCUUAACAGAGAUAGAAAAUAAAAUAAUCAUGACAACUAUUACUGUUUCUAAAUUUAGAAAUUGUGUGCUGAAAGGAAUAUCACUUGUCUUUCAUUUCUGAAUGAGUGUCUUAGUGGAGACGUGAUUAAAAUUCACCUGGGAAUUUGUGCCUCUUGCCUUCUGUAUAGUUAUCAUAAAUUAAUGUCUUCAGUUUUUAUUCCAGGUUUGUUUAUAAUUUCAUAAUCCAAAUAUCCUUAAUGCCUUUUAUUUAAACUUGUUUGGAUGAAUACUGAAGAAAAAAUAUAAACUUUAAAGAAAGUUUGUCCUCACUUUUUAUGGAUGAGGUAAAGAGGUAAAUUUUAAUAAAUAAUAAGCAAAAAAAUUGUAUGUUCCUAAACGGAUGAAGUUCUUUGUAUAGUAAAAUGAUAUGCAUUUGACUGAUCCAUCAUUUAACAUUUUAAAGUUUCAUUCCCUCCUGUAAGUGUUCACAGUUUUACUAUGAGCCAUGUAGUACACUGAAGUGCAAUGACUUUGCACUUACAUUUUCAAGCCAGAUUUAUAAAUAGACUUAUUUUAGUUGCUAAAUAUCAGAGAAGUGGUUACUUGAUGUGAUUAAUAAUGUUGGAAUAAAAAAAUGAUAACCAAGAAGUGUGAAACAGUAUUUAAGUAGCAACUCUGUCUAUUAUCCUGUGUUGUAUGUUUGUGGGUGGUCCCCCCCCCCCCAAUUACUAAAACAUACAAGUUUUACGUUUUUAAAUUUCACCAAGAGAGGAAAAAUAAAAUUAAACACCACUGAUCAGAUAUUGUAUUUUAUGUUUACUCUUUCAUAUUAUGGUUUAUUUUCUCCAAUGUAUGGCAUUUAAAUUGUAUUCAUUACUUUUAAACUACUAAGUAAGUUGUUAGAUAUUUAUAUGUCAAACUUCCUAAAAAUCCUUUCUUUUUUAUUAUAAUCAAUGAAGAUAGUUUCAGGCAAGAGUUAACUUCUGAAAAUUGCAAGUAUCAGAAAGUUUCUGGGAGAGAAUCUGAAUGGAAUCAAGUAUUUACUAGUGGAAAUAAAUGGGAUCUUUUACCUAGUAAAAAUUAGGUAUUUCAAAAUUAUUUGAUGGAAGUUAGCAUGUAGAUUCAGUUAGAUAAUUGUUUCAUUAUGAAAUCAUUUCAAGACUAAUAGCUUGAACCACGCACAAGUAAGGUUAGUCUUAUUUUCUGUCUCUUUGGAAAAAGUAAUCAAAUUAACAUCAAAACAAAAUGAAGUUGGCCAAAAAAAUUGAAUGUAGCAAGUUAAAAUACUAAUUUUUUUAAACUCUUCACCUGAUGAUAUGUUUUUACUGAUUUUAGAGGGAGAGAAAAGAGAAGAGAGAUGAGAGAGAAACAUUGAUCUGAUCAAACUUGCAACUUGGGUAUGUGCCCUGUCCCUAUUGGUGUACUGGACAACACUAGCCAACUGAACCACUUAGCUAACGCAAAAUACUAAUAUUUUUUACUCACAUUACAAAAUAGUUGAAAUAUAAAAAUCUUCAAAAUUCAAGCACUUAAAUGCUGGCCAAAUAUGUAUAACUGAAUUUAGAGAGGAAUAAGUGAAAUAAACAUUGGACAUGCUCUUUCCCUUUUUUAAAAGAGCAUUAUUUCUUUAGUAUAUAGGUGCCAAAAGCAAAUAUCCAUGCACUACAUUUCUUUGGGUGAUAACAGCUCAAUAAUAUUUGCAAUACAGUAUGAUUAAUAGUAUGAAUGAGAAUCCAUAGGCCCUAUGGUCGCUUCACAUAAUCGAUUUUGGCCAUGGAGAUGAAGUGUGAUAUGCUUGCCUUACAUUGUAUGAGUUCUUAAUUUGAGUCAGAUAGCUAGAAAGCGAUUGAAUUAAAAACUGAAACACAUGAUAAAUAUUAACUUAUUUUGUUUAGUGAAUUUAUUCAUUGAUUUCCUAAAUCUGUUUAUAAAUUUCUUUACCAUAUGGACCCUUUCUAUGGACCCUUUAAAAUAAUUCCUAAGUUUAUCAAGUUUAAUCAAGCCUCUAAAUUUUCAGCACUAGAUGUAUGAGAUAGUUAAAAACCAGCCAAUUUCAAAAUGGCUCUGGAUUGGGGGAUGUGAUGUGUUAGUUACUAUUUCCACAAACAAAACUGGAGAGGUAAGAAGUCUCACUCAUGUACCUGACUACUCACAGCUCUUUUUAGUACUGGCUUUAUUAUAACCGCACAAAAUACUCAUUUUACCUGUUGGGCACAAAUGCUUCAACAUUUCUCAGUGUGUUCAUAGAUCUGCUCAGAAAAUAAAAUAUUCUGCUUUAAUACUGGUCUUUUUCACAUGUGAUUCUGAAGGAUGUUUGCCUUCAGUUUGCUUACUCCCAUGUUUUAUCAUAAAGGACUACUUUUCCAGCUCUUGAAAAGAUAGGCAGGUUUCAAUUAGGUUUUCCCCCCCCAAUAAUAUAAGCAAAUAAAAUCCCCCUAGUAACACUUCACAUUGCACUAGAAUUUCAGUGAUCUUAACUUUGGCAUUUCUGCUUUCUCUUCUAAGUAGUUGUACAUUUUGCUCGCUAAUGUGUUUCUUUUGAGUCAUUGAGAAUCACUGACAUGGUACCAAGUUGGAUAGCAGAGUAGCAAAAAAUUGGGAUUUGACAAUGACUCAUAUAAUAUUACCUCAACUAGAAGAGGUGUUUUGUUUGUAUGUGUAUUUCUGUGUGUCUUUUUAAGUUGUUUUUAUCUCACUGACGUUUUAAAUGUUUUCAGUAAGUUGUGUAACAUGAAAAGAUUCAAUAAAAUGUUGAAAUAAAGUUAGAAUUUUUCUAUUACUGAAAUGUUGAAAUAAAAUUGGAAUUUUUCUAUUACUGAUGCUGGAGAACUAUGCAGGCUGGUGAUAUAGGGGUUCAGAAUAUGUCACCCCAAAACAUGGGGUUAGCAUUUGUUUGAAAGGUACUUGAGAAGCAGUGGUGCAAAAUGGACACUGCCCCUCCUUUGCCCCUCUUAAAGUGUAUGAUAAAGUUACCCUGCUUGUACCAGGGAGAGUCAUGGAGUUUAGGGCUCUGUAAAUAAACCUUGUUAAUUCCUCACCAUUUAUUUCCCUUAGCACAAACCCCUCUGCCUUGUCAAUUCUUCACAAGUGAAUUGUUUCAUUGUCUAAAAGAUAAUAAAAUUUUCUGCUCUGAUCA